AAUGGGUGUUUUACCGGCAGAAUAGGAAUCAUGUUUAUUCUGCUGGGUGGGAAUAAGAAUUAUAAAAAGGUCUGGUUGGUCCAUGUGGGUCAGGAGUGAGUUUCCAGUGCGCAGUUGCAUCCUGUCAGCCCAACACUCCCAAACAUCCCUCAUUUCGAGUUCGGCUCGGUCCACCAUGCCAAGAACAUAAAUGGCUCGGAAGGGUCGCUUCCAUCGGCUGUGCGUCUUUCAUCCGUCCGGAUUCUGGUUCCGGAGGCGCCUUCUUCCCAAAAAAACUUUAACAGCCGCUCUUGUCUGCGCACUAUAUCUGUUUUUCACCCAAGUGGACCUCUCUCUACGGAGCCCCAACUGGACUACAGCCGGACGGAACCAAGUCACGCCGAGGGGUGUGAUGAAUGUUGGUUUGGUGAGCCAGGACUCGGCGGUUCCGACCCACUCCAACGUAGUCUACAUUACCCUCAAAUCCAAGCGGCUCAAGCCGGCCAACAUUCGCGGCACUGUGCGACCCAAACUGCGGAGGAAAAUGAGAAGAACUGCGCUUCCGCAUUCGAACUCCAAGACCGGAUUCGAAACGGAGCCUCCCGUGAGUUCUAUCCGCAUAUACAGCCGCACUCCUCCGCCGUGGCUGAGCGCACACGACGUGGGUACCAUGCGCGCUCUCGCCGGUGCCAAAGUUUUACGCGUCGAACAACCACAAGGAGCUCCUUGGCCACUCUUGGUCUUUGAGGAAACCCGUCCGGAGGAGCCGAACGCGGCGUUCGGACUCGCCCUUGACCCGGUGGACUCGGUGGAGGUGUUCGCCUUCCAUUUGGACCGAGUGCUAGGACUCAACAGAACUUUGCCGGCCGUGAGCCGGAAGUUAGCCUUCUUGCACGAUGGCCAGCCUAGUCCAGUGGUGGCAUGGGAGGCAUCGCUCCACCCGGAUGGUGUGAGCCUAACAUGGGCUGAGUACCAGAGGUCCCUAAAAUACAGGUGUUGGGUUCAGAAUGCGGCCCCGAAGGUUGAGUCAGGCUGCUCCGCCAUCCAUCACUACGAAUGGAGCAAACUGGCACUUUUUGAUUUUCUCUUACAGAUUCACAAGCGUCUGGAUCCCAGCUGUUGCGGGUUCAAACCCAGGCAGCAGGACCGGUGCCAUGAACCCAGCCGCCAUUUUGAAUGUACGCAGCAGGAUGGCGUCCGACUGGCAAAUAUGGUGCGGAGGCAUCACGACCCGCGCCACCUCGUACUCACCGUCAAUAAGGGCUACUUUGACCGCAACGAGGACAACCUGGACUUCAGGCUGCUGGAGGGCAUCAAGGAGUUGCCCGAUGGUGCUGUGUCAGUGCUGAGGAGCGGUCGACUGCGACAGAAGCUGCUGCAGUCGCUCUUCCUGGACCAGACGUACUGGGAGAGUCGAGGCGGCCGGCCCGGCAUCGACAAGCUUAUCGACGUCGUCGAGCAGAGAGCUCAUGUUCUCCUUACAUACGCCAACGCUCAUGGCAUCCGGGCCAUCGACAUGAAUGAGUGAUGGCGUGGGAACGACGGCAACUUAGAUAAUGAUGUAACUUUGGGCAAGAUGGCACCUUGCAUUAUUUACAAUGCCACAAAACGUGGACUGUGUUUUUAAUCAUUGACUCGUUCAUUCCUUUCUCCCUGACUUAUUCUUGUUGUACUGCGAGUGGUGACCAACAGUAGCGGGCCAAUCUAUGUUCAUUAUAUAUAAAACAUAUAUGAUGUCUCAGUGUGUUCAGGCAGUGAAAUGCAUGUCUAAGUGAAGCGUACUCUGCUGUUGUGUGCUCUGGGAGUCCGAAUGGGCUUUGCGGUUUAUUUUCUUGUGUCUGUGACAGUCAUUCAUGCGGUUGUUAUUUUAACCUCUUUGCACCCGCAUUGGCGAAUCACCGGGGUUCCAGCUCCAGCGUGUUUGUCUUGCAAAACACACCAUCUCGUUCCCAUACCGAUGCCUCUAUCUAUAACAUUAGGCUUCUGAACGUCAAUGUGGAUGCACACUUGCUCAAAUAUGAAACAGCUCUCAGUCAAGUGGAAAUUUGUUGUCAACUUGUUAUAAUUUAUACAUAUUAUUUCAGCAUCAGAAUCAUUUUUGUUGGCCAAGUAUGUAAAACACACAAGGAAUUUGUCUGCGGCAGAAUGAGCUACCCUUACAUUGCAAUAACAAGCAACCUACGAUAAACAAAGACAUGGCAUUCAGGAUAGAAAGACGUUCCCUAAUGUAACUUCAACGUUUUAAAUAGUUAAAUUAAGGACUAUUCAUAGAAAUAUUAGAAGUAGCUCUCCUUACUAUUUUUUU